GUCUGCGCGGCGCGGAGCCGGGUGGACAGCAUCUCCAUCUGUGCGCCCGCCCGCCUUCCAGGCCAGCCAUCAGUCUGUCGGUCCCGCCGCGCCGGUGACGUCUAGGCGGAGCCGGGGCUCAGGCGGCAGCAGUCCCGACCCGAGCAAGCCUUGUGGAUUGAGCACUGCACCCAGAGUGCCUACCCCCAUCUGCCUGGGCCUCAGUUUCCACAUCUGUGCAAUGGGGGUGACCAUCCCUGCCCUACUGGCCACGAGGAGCAGCUGUGAGUCCGUGGGUGUGGCAGCAGCCUGUGGGAAGCCAUAGGGCCCUUUUACAGGCCUGGGCAUUCACCAUGGCUGGAGGGAGGCCUCAGCUGAAGAGGAGUUUCUCCAUCAUUCCCUGCUUUGUCUUCGUGGAGUCAGUGCUGCUGGGUGUGGUGGUUCUGCUUGCUUACCGCUUGGAGUUCACGGACACCUUCCCUGUGCACAGCCAGGGUUUCUUCUGCUAUGACAGUACCUACGCCAAGCCCUACCCAGGGCCUGAGGCUGCCAGCCGAGCGCCUCCUGCACUUAUCUAUGCCCUGGUCACUGCAGGGCCCAUCCUCACGAUCCUGCUGGGGGAGCUGGCACGUGCCUUUUUCCCUGCACCCCCCUCAGCCAUACCCGUCAUUGGGGAGAGCACCAUUGUGUCUGGGGCCUGCUGCCGCUUCAGUCCCCCACUGAGGAGGCUGGUUCGCUUCCUGGGGGUCUACUCCUUCGGUCUCUUCACCACAACUAUCUUCGCCAAUGCAGGGCAGGUAGUGACCGGCAACCCCACGCCGCACUUCCUGUCUGUGUGCCGCCCCAACUACACAGCCCUGGGCUGCCCACCGCCCUCACCGGACCGGCCAGGACCCGACCGCUUUGUCACUGACCAGGGUGCCUGCGCCGGCAGCCCCAGCCUGGUGGCUGCUGCGCGCCGCGCCUUCCCCUGCAAGGACGCCGCCCUUUGUGCCUAUGCGGUCACCUACACUGCGAUGUACGUGACACUGGUGUUCCGCGUGAAGGGCUCCCGCUUGGUCAAACCCUCACUCUGCCUGGCCCUGCUGUGCCCCGCCUUCCUGGUGGGCGUGGUCCGCGUGGCGGAGUACCGCAACCACUGGUCUGACGUGCUGGCUGGCUUCCUGACUGGGGCGGCUAUUGCCACCUUUCUGGUCACCUGCGUCGUACACAACUUUCAGAGCCGUCCGCCUUCCAGCCGAAGGCUCUCCCCCUGGGAGGACCUGGGCCAAGCUCCCACCAUGGACAGCCCCCUCGAAAAGUUAAGUGUGGCCCAGGAACCCGAGGCCUGCAGGCCGCAUUCGACACCGGCACGGCUCACCCCAUCCAAGCCGCAGAACUGCACCCGCCGUGGCCACCUGAUCCCCAGCUGCGUGUCCUCCAGGGCUCCAGCCAUGUGUUCGUCGCCUCGUGUGCCCCGCCCUCGAUUGAGGUCUGAGCCAACGCCUCUGCCCCUGCCCCUGCCCCUGCCAGCACCGACCCCCAGCCAAGGUCCCUCACCCUCCUCUCCUGGGCCUGGAGGACCAGGUGGAGGUGGUGGACGUGGCCGGAAGCUGCUGCUGCCCACACCCCUACUUCGGGACCUGUACACCCUUAGCGGACUCUAUCCCUCCCCCUUCCACCGGGACAACUUCAGCCCUUACCUGUUUGCUAGCCGUGACCACCUGCUGUGAGGCCUGACCACCCACCCAGAAUCUGCCCAGUCUCCACGUUUUCCCUGCAGUGUGUGUGUGUGUGUGUGUGUGUGUGAGUGUGUGUGUGUUGCGUGCGUGUGUCGUGUGAGUGACAAAGCCCCCUGUCCCCAAACCCAGACAUCAGAGGAUGGCUGAAAAGACAUUUGGGGGAGCCCCUGCUUCUCUUGCCCUCUGGGACAGCCAAGUGAGCAUAACUGGGAGCUGGGCCAUUGCCCCCUAGGAUUGCUCUUGUAAGGUCCAAAUCCUGACCACAUUGGCCAUUGCCCAGCUAGUGGGAGCCUCCAGUUCUCUGAAUUCCAACCAGAAGGAGUUUACUCCAGCCAAUGGGAGUCCCCCUCACUCUUGGAAUCUUCAGGCAAGAGGGCAACUUCAGCCAGUGUUCUGCGUCUGAACAACCAAUAGGAGUCCUUGGUUUUCAGAAUUUGUAGGAUGGGUGGGUGGGUAUGAUUCCAGCCAAUGGGGGACCGCCCAUGUCUAAGCAUGUGCAAAAUUGAGAAGGAAAAUGGAGUUAUCCUUUGUCAUCAGGUCCUCCUCAGAUUCAAAUUCUGCCAGAGGGUGGAAGGCAGGCUCCACCCAUGGCAGGGUCCUCGGGGCACUCUCUUCCCCUCUCAGUCCCUUCCCCAUGUGUACCCUCUCACCCAGUCCCUCCUAACUCCCUACAUAUGCAGGGUGUGUCAAGUUUAGAGGUUUGGGGGUUCAGAGUACUGUCUCCCCUUGCCUGUACCCAGGCCCCCCCCAAACCCUCUGUUAUUUAUUAGGGCUGUAGGAAAGGACUUUUUUUCUUGGAACCCAUCCCUGUCCUUCACACUGCCCCCUACACUUCAGCCUCAUGCAGAUGUGCCACCUAGGGGGACAUGGGUAGAGCAGACAGGGCUCCCCAACCUCUGGGCAGCCAAAGGCAGUGGGUAGAGGAAACUCUGCCUCCUUUUCCUGCCCCCUCCUCAUCUUUAAUAAAGACCUGUUUGUAACAGAAGUUUGGCCACCUGCCUUCCUCUCCUGG